UCACUUCUUGCUGUUACCUGUCCAGCUCCGGCACUCGGCACUGGCAGGAGCCCCAAAUCAUCUCCCUGCCAGCCAAGGCGAUGAGCAAGAGGCCAGCGGAGACCUUUGCUGCUGAGAAACCCACCGGCUGACCCAGUUCUCCUGGAGCAAUCAUCAGAAGUGGCAUUUGGACCAAGAGAUCCCACUGCUUUCACCUCUCCCCUUCAUCAAGCUUUUUUGUUGUUCUUGUUUGUUUCUUUUCUACUUUUUUAAUUUAUCUGGUGUUGUCUCAAAAGAGCAGAGGAUGAGAAGAGCGUGGACCCGGACGUAGAGGACCUUCCCGGUGGUGCACGUGUGCCCGGGGCUGUCUCUGCCCUGGCUGUGGGAAGCUCCAGGUUUUCCUUGCCCGGAGCAGAGCCGGGAGCAAGCAAGGAACCAAAUCCUCAUCCCUGGCAGAGAAGAGCUCCAGCGUGGCAGGAACUGGUGAAGAAGGGAGCGACGACGCGUUUCCCCAUCGGCACGUUGAGCUGGGAAGGGAAGGGCAAAGCAAAUCCUGUAUUUAGAGACUGGAGAAUAAUUAAUUCCUUAUUUGUUGUCUGUCUUCAGCGCUCACUGGGCAUUCAGAGCUCCCGUGGGAGGGGGUAGCCGCGUGCGUGGUCACCAUGGCUUUCUCCCAGGUGCAGUGCUUGGAUGACAGCCACGUCAACUGGAGGUCCAGCGAGUCCAAGCCUGAGUUCUUCUACAGCGAGGAGCAACGCCUGGCCCUGGAGGCACUGGCCUCCCGCGGCCCCGAUGCUUUCUAUGAGGUCUUGAAGAAGGAGAAUAUCAGGGAUUUCCUCUCCGAGCUGGAGCUAAAGAAGAUCCUGGACACGUUGGAGACCUACGACCCUGGCUCCGAGUACAUCCCACGCCACGGCAGCAGCGUCGGGGAGAGCGACGGCGACCGCAACAGCCAAGGGGAUGAGCAGGACGUGGCCCCCUCCUUGGAAUACUGGCCCCAGAGAUCCGACCGCUCCAUCCCUCAGCUGGACCUGGGUUGGCCUGAGACCAUCGCCUACCGUGGGGUCACCAGAGCCACUGUCUACAUGCAGCCACCCAUCGAGGGGCAGGCCCACAUCAAGGAGGUGGUGCGGAAGAUGAUCUGCCAGGCUCAGAAGGUCAUUGCAGUGGUCAUGGACAUGUUCACUGAUGUAGACAUCUUCAAGGACCUUCUGGAUGCAGGCUUCAAGAGGAAAGUGGGAGUCUACAUCAUUUUGGAUGAGACCAAUGUGAAACACUUCCUGCAGAUGUGUGAUCGAGCCCAGAUGCACGCUGGACACUUGAAGAACCUGCGAGUCCGCAGCACGGGGGGGACAGAGUUUUUCACCCGCUCGGCCACCAAGUUCAAAGGAGCUUUGGCCCAGAAGUUCAUGUUUGUGGAUGGGGACCGGGCCAUGUGUGGAUCCUACAGCUUCACCUGGUCCGCAGCAAGGACGGACCGGAACGUCAUCACGGUGCUCUCGGGCCAAGUGGUGGAGGCGUUUGACAAACAGUUCCAAGAGCUCUACCUCAUGUCCAAGGGGGUGAGCCUCAAGUCCAUCUCCGUGGGCGAAGAACCAGAACCCGAGCCCGUAACUCUGCCCUCUGUGGUGCCGGUGACCCCCGCCAACGCCGUGGUGAAGAAGUUGAUAAACCCCAAAUAUGCCCUGGUGAAGGCCAAGAGCGCAGACCAGAUCAGCAAGACUUCAUCUGAGAACCAGGACAAAAAUCAGAAGGCAGACAACAAAGGGAAAGCCCUGCCCGAGGGCCAGGCUGGCGACAGGCACGGCGAGGUGGCGGACCUCUCCCUGCUCAUCCACCCUGGGCUCCUGAAUCUGGAGAAAGCAAACAUGUUUGACUAUCUGCCCACCUGGGUCGAGCCCGACCCCGAACCCGGGAGUGAAGUCUUGGGCUACAUCAACAUCAUUGACCCCAAGAUAAAGAACGCGAAGCUCUCGCAGAUGAACCGCAUCAAAGUCUGCGACGUCUCCCAGGCCAGCGCCCAGCACAGGCAGAUGCUGAAGAACAGGGAGAUGGAGAACAAGAAAAACUCUGACAAAGAGCCACCUCUGGUGUCCCCUUGCCACAGACAGACCCCACUGACCCCCAUAGAGACUCCUGCAGCUCCUGCUCCCAGCCCCACAGAAGGUGUCAGCUGGACAACAAAGCAAUCAGGAACGUUUGCCACCUCGCCAUUGGGCCACCACUUGAAACCACCAGAGGAGAUACUGGAGGACACCAAGCCACCAGUUCCAAAGCCAAGGACCACCCCUGUUGGUGUCCUUCUCACCAAAGUCAUCACACCCUGUGAGAGCAGCACUUCCUUGGAGAUUGACACACAACAACCUCCAGCUGACCACAUGGAUGCAAAGCAGGAACUGGAGGAGAACCCUAACAGAGCCUCAAUGGACACCUGCCAUCUCCAGCCAGAGCGGCCAGCAGUGGGGCCACAGGAGGACAGAGGGCCUCCCUGCACCCACAAUGGGCUGGGAGAAGAGGAAGAGGAGGAGGAAGAGGAGUACAUCACUCUGAGUGACCAGGAGAGCUACUCCAGCAGCUCUGCUGACCACAGCUACCGUCGCUCCAAUGCCUCCUCCAUCUCAGAUGAGUACUUUGAGGUGAGGGAUCGCUACGGGCCACUCCGGCGAACCAACUCAGAUGUCACCCACAACGGGGAGAUCCUGCCCAUCCAGAGGAAGCUCAGCGACCCUCACAUCAGCAGGGGCACCUUCAUCAGCCCCUUGGGGAGCCUCCCAUCCCUGAAGCAUGUCCGUGUGGAGGACGUGACCAAGAGGAGGAGCAAUGCCAUGGAGAUCCGGUGUGUGCUGCCCCACGCCAUCCUGGAUGGCAACAGCUCCUACCCCAGCACUGCCACACAGGGGACACACAUCUACCGGUACCGACCCAGGAACCCAGCAGGCAGAGAACAAGGCAAGGAGGUCUCCUGCUCUCCAACACACGAGAAACUCCUCGGGGCCACCAAAUACAGAGGGGAUGGAGCUGAGCCCAAAAAGACCAUUGCAGGCAGCCAGCCAUACUGGCAGAGCAAAGCCUUCAGCCCCAGCAAGGCCACUCAGCCUGGCUGCCUCUCACCAAGCAACACCAGAACAUCAAGCAAACGCUUAACCUCCCUGCCAGAAAGCCAGAAGACAACUGAAGAGAUGAGGACACCCCUUGGCAUCCCCCUCUCUAAACUGUCCCAGUCCAAGCACCUCAAGAACAGGGCUGCGGGAGCCCCAGGUGCUUCUAUUGACUCCAAAAAGAAGCUCCCUGAGACCACCAGCCAGAAGGAGCACUAGGUGCUGAUGCAGGUGGACUUCUAGGGAAAGAGCUGUAGUAGAGCAUGUCUGGACCUCAGGCAGUGCCAUGUUACACGGGGCAGGGGAAUUCUUGUUUACAUUUACCUGGUGAGUGCACCAGUACCAAGUGGCCAUGAUAGACAGCCCAAAAAGUCAUCCCAGUCCAGGGCAAGUCUCCAGAGACUGGAUCUCAGAAGAGGUGCAUUGCAUCCGCUCUGGGCAGGUGGAAGGAAGUGUUGGGAAUAAUCCUGGAUGGCACAGCUAUUAAAUAGGCCUCUACCAGGCUGGGGUAACCUCUGAACUCAUUAAAAGCUGGGAAGCAUCACUGGGGGAGGCUGGUUAGAGUCAGGUGAAACCUGGUGGCCUCUGAGAUCAGCUGGCAAAACCCUCUCCAACUCCUUAGCUCAAAGCACUGCCCAGAGAGUGGGGGCUUGCUUGUGAUUGUGUUUUCCUCUAGUUAUUUAAGAGACUCUUCUAUCAACAUUUUGCACAGCAGGUCCUGGUACAGUCUGCCCUCCCUUCGGAGGUGAACCAUGUUCUGAGACAAAGGCUUCUCAAGGGACCCACUUCUUUUGACCUCGUACUGUAAAUGCAACCUGUUUGUUAAAGCUCCCUGGUCCCAGAGCAGGGGAAACUUAAUUUGGACUAUUAAACUGCAAGAUUAGGUAGCCUCUGAUUUGAUACAUUGCAGCUCAAGGUGUCUUGACAGAAGUCUUUGGCCAAAUCUUUUCUACCCCUCUGAGCAUUUACCAGCCCAGGAGCCCAGGUGGCUCCAGCCCCAAACCUGAAGCAACCAGUGAGGAGGAAAAAAAGGGCAAAGAUGACCCUUUUCCUUGCAUUUUUCCUGGGAAACAGGAUCCCAAACCUGAGCCUUACCCUGAGCCCUGCUGAGGAGUACAUGCUAUCAGCAAGCCCAAGCAAGCGAGAGCCUCCAAACCCUUGGCAGCUCCUGCAGCCCCCAGCAGCAGCUGCCAACCAGCCCCAGGCUCUGCCCUGGCCCCCCCACCACAUUCCCACUCCUGAGGGGCACUUCUGAGAGCUCCUUGCAGCUCCCCCAAUACCUCCAGCAGGAGGGUUUUGGAGCCAGCAGCAUUGCUUGUUGGAGGAGGGAGGGAUGGGAGGCACCUGCCCUGGUCCCCCCACGGGCCAUGGCCACCCAUGCAGCACCCAUGGAGGAGAUGAGCAGGAGGGGGGUUUUGAUACCUCCAUACACACAGCAGCUCCUGAUGCUCAGGAGAGAAGGGGAGGCUCUGGAUCUCCCACCAGGCUCAUGGAGGGAAGGCUCAAAGCAAGACUCACAAGAAUCCCUGGGUGAGUUCAUGCCCCCAAGUCUGGUCCCACUGUCACAUCCUUUCCAUCCCCUCUCAUGAGGGUCUGCAGCCCAGACCCUCAGCUUGGUCCCCCCAAACAUGAUAGUGUGGUGGGAACAUGCUCCUGAAAAGUCACCCCAUGAGUGCUGCUGUCUUUAGAGAAACCCCUUAGGCAUGGGCUGUUGGGUGACCAUCAAGUGCCAGCUUGAGCAAACCCUGAUUUCAAAGACACCCAUCCUGCUCCACUGUCCCCUCUCCCUGCAGCCCUGUCCCCAUCCCAGGCCAUCCCCCUGACCUGAAACUUCUAGGGAGUUUGCAAAGGGGCAUCACCCACCCUUUGCAACCCCCCAUCCCCCCUCCCCAAAGUGUUUCACAAGGAAUCUGCCUUUGGAAGCUCCUCCUGCUCUUACUCAAGCAGUCCUGGCUCCUCUCCAGCGCUUGGUUUAUCCAGGCACCAGCUACUCCCAAGCUUUGCAUGGGCGUUGGGCACCAACAAAAGCUUUCCAGAGGCAGAGAACAAGCACUGAAAGCAGAGAUUUGUGCCCGGGGGUGU